AUGGACGCAACUAACACACAGGCGACAACGACUCCGGCCAAGGUGGACGUCGACUACGUGCUUGUGGACUUUGAGCCGCUUCACAAACAGCGUUGGCGUAGUGAGACAGUGCGCCUCGUGUGCGUGGAGUUCCCACCACACACGCAGAGUUUGUGGCACCAGCACCUGAACUACGGUAUCUACGUAGUCAUAACGCCGCUCAACGCGACGGAGCAACCGUACGGAGAGGAGCCACGUCCACUGGUACAUGACAAGGGUUCUGUUUUCUGUCGCGACCAUACGAAGGACAAGCUGCUGCAUGUCAUUACUAGUCACGAGACACCGCUCUUCAUCGUAGAGGUGGAGCUGCUGAAAAAGAAAGAAGAUGUCAUGGCUCACGAUCAGGUGUCGUUGCACGCCAGCAAGGGCGUGGAGGUGCUGAAUAACGAGCCGGAAUGCCGUGUGUAUCGCCUCGUGCUCCAAUCCGAUGCUAAUGAUGACCAGUCGACGAUCGAAAUCUCGCUCAACCUGCCAACUGGCGCUGUGUUAGUCGUGCUGGAUGCUUGUGAGGUAAAAAUUACCAAUGCGUCAGAUAAUCCGUCCGUUGAUACAGAGUGUACACUUGGCACUAAAGGUUGCAGAUGA